CGCGCACGCAUGAAAUAGGUAUGCCCGUCUACUUUUCUCGCUGCUCUUUGCUGCAUAUGAAAUUUUUUGAGAUGAGAACUCUUAUUUCUCUAUCACUCUGUGGACUCUCUAGUUCUUGCCCUCUCCCACCAUUUCAUUCUUUGUUAUAUCACUACCCACCUUGCUAUUUUCUCUCUCUUCACAAGCUUUCCUGUAACUUUUGCUCUGUUGUUGGGAGAAAGAGUUCUGAUUUCACAGAAGUCAGAGAGUUAGAGAGAAUUAUUGUAAAUUGCUGCCAAAAUAAGAGAGAUGGUGGCUUGAAAGAGGCACUCUCUCUCUUCACAGGUAUUCUGCUCCACCCCACUCACAAACCCUCUCUCUCUACCUGUGAUUUCAUGUUGGAAUCACUCUCUAGAGUGGGGCAGCAGGCAUUAGCUCUGUCCCUGUAUAUAACCAUUGCUCAAGCUGGAAUAUCACCUGAUAUUAGUGUUCUUCACACUUUAGUCAAGUGUUUUUGCCAUGUCCAAAGAACCAACUUUGCACUUGGUGUUGUUGGUCUCAUUCUCAAAAUGGGUUACCCUCUCUCUGUUACACUAUUGACUAUUGUUAUGAGGGGCCUUUGCAAGGAGGGGCAAGUGGCUAGGGCUAUGGAGCUCUUGUAUGUGAUGGAAAACGAGAGACUUUCAGUUAAUGCCAUUUCUUAUAACACUCUUAUAAAUGGGUUGUGCAAAACCAAAUCUUUAGAAGAUGCCUUGGCAUUGCACAAAGAAAUGGGGAGAAGAGGGUGUCAUCCAACUAUCUUCACCUAUAACACCCUCAUAGAUGGCCUCUGCAAGGAUGGGAGAAUAGAGGAAGCUAUGGCUUUGUUAGAGGAGAUGUGCCAUUAUGGUUUGAACCCAGAUGUUGUAACAUAUACCACUCUCAUACACAUGCUCUGCAAAGUGAAUAAUGUGGAAGAAGCCUUGGAAUUGCUGAAAAAAAUGGGAAAGAUGGGGUGCCACCCUGAUAUUGUCACGUAUAAUACGAUCAUGGAUGCUCUUAGUAAGGAAGGGAGAAUAGAGAUCGCUAUCAAUUUGUUAGAUGAGAUGCAUCACAAUGGUGUGAACUCUGAUGUUGUUACAUAUACCAGUCUUAUGAAUAUGCUCUUCAAAGCCGAUAAGGUGGAACAAGCAUUGGCUUUGUGCAAAGAAAUCAGAGAGAGAGGGUGCCAUCCUGACCAUGUCACUUAUACCACACUGAUAGAUGGUCUCAGCAAGGAUGGAAGAAUAGCAGAAGCAAUGGAAUUUUUAGAGGAGAUGCACCAAAAAGGCCUAAACCCAGAUAAGAUCACAUACAACUCUAUUGUAAAUGGGUUCUGCAGAGCCAAUAAAAUAGAAGAAGCCUUAGACUUGCACAGAGUAAUUAGGAAGAAAGGGAUUUUCCUAGAUGUUGGUACAUACUCGGUACUUCUAUAUGGUCUUAUCAGGAUAGGAAGAAAGCAGGAAGCAUCAAUUUUGUUAGAGGAGAUAUAUCACAAAGCCAUGAGAUUUUGUGGACAAGUAGGGAAGACAGGGUGCCGCCUAGAUACUGUCACAUAUACCAUGCUCAUAAAUAGUUUGAGCAAGCGUGGUAAAAUUAAGGAAGCCAUGGCUUUAGUAGACGAGAUGUACAACAAUGAUCUAAAUCCAGAUGUUGUAACAUAUACCACUCUUAUAAACAGGCUUUUUAAAACCAAUAAUUUGAAAGAGGCAUUAAUGUUAUGUAAGGAAAUGGCAAAGAGAGGAUGUCACCUGGACAUUGUUACGUAUAAUACCCUAUUUGACGGUCUUAGCAAAGGGGGGAGACUAGCGGAAGCAAUGACUUUAUUAAAUGAGAUGUAUUCCAAUGGCUUCAAUGCCAAUGUUAUUACAUAUAACACCCUUAUAAAUGGCCUUUGCAAAGGGAAUAAUGUUGAAUUAGCAUUGGAAUUAUGUAGGGACAUGGAAAAGAGAGGGUGUCACCCAGACAAUGUCACAUAUAACACACUCAUAGAUUGUCUGAGCAAGUAUGGGAGAACCAAUGACAUAAUGGCUUUGUUAGAGGAGAUGUACCAUAAUGGCUUGAGCCCUGAUAUUGUUACCUAUAAAACUUUGAUUAACAGGCUUUGCAAGGCAGACAAUAUGGAAGCAGCAUUGACAUUAUGCAAAGAAAUGGGAAAGAGAGGGUGCCACCUAAAUGUUCUAACGUGCGCCAAACUGGUCAAUGGUCUUAAGAAGGCAGGGAGAACAGAGGAGGCAAUGGAUUUGUUAGAGAUGUAUCAUGAUUCCUUGAACCCUGAUAUUUUUAAGUACAGUACAUACAGACAAGAAUUUCUAGUCAACAAUAUGGAAGGAGCCUCCGCAUAUAAUGCACUCAUAGAUGGUAUUUGUGGAUGAGUCCUGACCAGCAUGAAAGACAUAAUAUCUGGGGUCUAUUUCACUAAGAAGCUCAUUAAAUAAACAUGUCUAUGAAUAUGCGAAGAGGAAUUUAUCCCUUGGAGAUUAGAAAAUAGCUGAUUUCUUGGAGGAGCUGUAUUGAAGAGGAAAAUAGUUGCAGUUAUUUAUUAAUCAAGCAAGCUUACUAGGGGGACAUUGGCUGGUAGCCACAAAAAUGUACUCUGCAAGAUAAUGGUUUUCUGGCCCUAUUCUAUAACUUAUAUAAUAUUGGCUGAUGGCUUCAAAGAUGGAGGAUCUAAAUAAGCCAAAUAGUUGGGACUUGUGAGAGCGGAAUGGCAGAACAUGAUUCGUGUAGCCGACCCCAAAUAGUUGGGAUAAGACUCGGAUGAUGAUGAUGAUUGAUGGCUUCAAAGAAUGAGGAUCUAAAGAGCCAUGGACCUGUAGAAUGUCAUUAUAACAAUUCAUGUAAAGAGCCAUGAAAGGUAAUAUAAAUUCAUAGUUCAUGUAAGGAACCAUGAAAGGUAAUAUAAAUUCAUAGUUCCUUGCACUUUGUAAGAACUCCAAUGUCCGAUGUUGUAUUUCUUAGCAAGUUGGUUCAAAAAAGACAUGUGAUAAUAGCGUCGCCGGCUACUCGUUGAUGGUGGGACUCUGCAAUAUUGUUAAGGUGCUUUUUAUGGAGUGUGCCUCAAGGACAAGUUUGUAUUAUUGAUCUGUAUCGCUAUAUCAUAUUGUCUUCUACCCCAAGGGCUAAUUUAGUCCUUGCAUUCUGGUACUUAUAUACAUGGGGUUCAACCUCUCAUUCCAGUAAUGAGAAUACAAUUUUAUCUGGUCUAUCAUGGUAUCAAAGUAGGCAAACCAUAUACAAACCUUUGGGAACAGGAAUGCCUUGAACUAUUGACAUGGCAGGCACAAAUCAUAGUGGUGGAACUUAAUCCAGGCUUGCAGCAUAGGACUCGUAAGGUAUUCUCAAGUGAACAAUGAAUUGGCUUCUUAUUAAAUCAGUUAAUAAGACUCCAAAUAUCUCA